GUCCCGCUAGUCUGUGCAUAGAUGCUUGUGCAUAUCAGUUAUCUAUUGUCUGUGGUCUACCUCCCUCAAACUGUUUACUUCGUUAAUAAACCAUUAGUGUGAUCGAGCCGUUUCACUCGCCGAAACAAUUUUUUUAAUCUUAUGAAGUUAUGAGACCCGGCUGAUUCCUGGUGUGCUCAUAGAAAUUCGUGGAACUGGAGGCCCCGGAAUUCAUGGAACUUGCGGCCCAAGCCAGGGGUGUGCACGCAUGUCAUAGGGGAAGUGUAUGCCGUACUCCGUACCGGUACGUAUCUAUGGCUAUGCGUCCGCCACUGCACCGAAGGGAAAGAAGGCUAUAAAUACGUGUCGGCAUCAUGAAUACCACCACCACGGUGAGACGUCCGUGUGCGGCGAUGACGUGCCUCGACGCGGCGACGGUCGGCGUGUAUGGCUUCGCGGCGACCGUCGGCGGGCUUGCAGGCAGCUUCCUUGGUGUGCUCGUCGCGUGGAUGCUGGGCCGCAUGGCCACUUACGCGCCGUAUGUCACCGCGCUGUCGUCGAUGGGGGCCAUCGCGGCCGUCGUCUGCCUGUGCCUCGUGAGACGCCGCAUCCCACGACGCUGCUGCAUCAAAGUCUUUGGUCCUAUUCCUGAUGAAGAUGAAGAUUCUAAGCAUAGUGAUGUGAACAUACCAUUAGUUGGAAUCAUCUCGGGUGACGCAGACGUGAUAGCAUACGCAAAGAGACUGGCAGCAUAUCACAAGAGUGGAUCGAUGCUAUAUCGCAACGACGUAGGCCUAAAAGGCGUGCGCAGCAUUACGCUAGACGAGACCUACACACAGCUUGUGAUUGAGGAUGCAUGGAAGACACGCUCACGCAUGGGAUCCGUGUGCAUGGAGGUGCCCAGCUGUCCUCAGCUAUGCAACGCCGUCAGCAAGGCCAAGAAGCCUAUCAGGGUGGAGCAACUCCUUAGCGACAUGGAAGAAAAGAUUUACAGACCAACCGUGCUUGUGUUAGGUAACGCAGGCAUCGGUAAGAGCGUCAUGGCAGAGCGGCUCGUCUGUGACUGGGCGAACGAGAUCGACGCGUGCGGAGACGCGGCGUUUUCCGGCCGCUUCAAGCUCGCCUUCCUCUUCCGCGGCAAGCAGCUGAACCGGCUCUCCGGCCGCAAGCUCUCGCUCCUCGACCUCCUCCUCGACGUGCACACGAGCGCCGGCGCGGCCCGUGACGCCGUCGCCGCGUUCCUGCAGCGCAGCGCCCCCUAUGUUCUCAUCGUCGUCGACGGCUUCGACGAACUCGCAUCCGACGAUGGAAACUCGGCGUUCGCGCGCGGCGGCACCGGCACGACGGACGUCGCGGCGGCCGUCGGCGUGCGCGAGCUCCUCGGGAGCCUCGUCGCCGGUCGCCUGCUGUCAGGCGCGCACGUGCUUGUGACGUCGCGGCCGAGCGCGGCGAUACCUGUCGCCGACGCGUUCCAUCGCGUCGUCGAGAUCCUCGGAUUUUCGUCCGACGGUGUGCGCGAGUACGUCGCGCGUUACUUCGGCGACGGCGGCGACGGUGGAUACGCGGAGCGCGUGUUCGCUCACCUGCGCUCGAAUCUCAACGUGUUCAGCCUCUGCUCGGUGCCUGUUUGCUGCCGGCUCAUCUGCCAGGUGUACGACGACGCACGGCGGCGGCAGCAGCAGCAGCGGCGGGGCGGCGGCGGCGCGGCACCGCUCGACGUCCCGGACCUGCGAACCGUUACCGGCGUCUACUCGAAGGUGUUCUGCCAGCUGGCGACACGGCGACAUUGCCACGAAAACAACGCCGACGACGAUGUCGGCACGGUGAUCGCGACCGAGCUCGACUCGAUUCUCAAUAUGGCCGACAUGGCGCUGGCGGGCGUGCUCGCCCGGCAGCUGAUGUUCUCUGAGGACGACCUGCGCGCGUAUGGCCUCGCGGAGAAGCGCCACCUGCUGUCCUGCUUCAUGACGUGCGUGCGCGAGAGCGACGGUGGCGCCCUCGAGCAGUGCUGGCAGACCUUCUACCUUUUCGAUCAUCUCACCGUGCAGGAGUACCUCGCCUCGCUCGCGCUGCUGCUGCGAGGGGGCGCCACCGCCGACGACGCACCGGUGUACUACGCCGACGGCCGGCUGGAGGUCGUCUACCGAUUCUUCGCGGGACUGCCGUUCAUGCGGCCGCCGCUGCCGCUGCCCCCGCUCGUGGAGAGGAGUGAGGCGUGCAUGCGGCGCGUGAAGACGAUGAUCGCACGCCUCGUCAGUUACCACGCGGCCGGCGGCAGCGGCAAUCGCCGGCAGCAGCAGGAGCUCGCAAAGACGCUCAUGCAGAUGGCGCUGGAGGUGCACGAGUCGGAGACGGCCGCGGCGGUGAUGCCCAUAUUCGAGGGUGGCACCCUCGACCUGACGGGCUGCAUUGUCAGCGCGCCUGAUCUGUUCGCGAUGGGGUACUUACUCUCAACGGUCAAUCUGGCCGCGCCCGUGUCUGUGACGCUAGACAAUUGCAACAUCGACGACAUCGGUGCAGGGGAGGUGGCGCUGUGCAUGGAUAAGAUGGAAGGCCUCAGCUUGGUUAACUGUCAUCUGUCUGAUGAAGGGCUGAACAGAAUCUUUGUAGCAUUUAGCAAGAACAAAAGCCUACGCAAACUAUGCAUAGGGAAAAACGAGGUCAGCAGUGCCAAUUUUGUGAUCUUGGCCAAUGCACUGGGGAGGAAUAAAAAUCUUACCAGUAUCAGUAUGGAAUCAUGUGUGCUAGAAGUUGGAGAACACGCCACAACCAUUGCUCAGGCGUGGUCAAGGAAUACAAGUCUAACUUAUCUUAACAUGCGGGCAUGUGAUCUCCAAGAUUUAGAUCUGGAAUGGCUUUCCCAGGUCCUGGCCAGCCCUGUUUGUGCACUACAGUCAGUCAAGCUAGAUAGGAACAUGCUGAAGAAUCUGAGACCGUUAUUUGGAGGCCUCGAGAGUAACAGCGUCUUGCAACAUCUCAGCUUGGCAUGGAAUAGCUUCAGUGUGAGUGGAAUGAAGCCAUUUGCUGAUGCGCUGAGUAUCAACCAAACCCUCAAACAUCUAGAUUUGUCUGCUUGUGAGCUGAGUGACGAAGCACUGUGUUUACUGGCUGGAUGUCUCCAGAACAAUACUACCCUCAAAACACUGAUGCUCUUUAGAAACACUGAAAUGACAACCGUAGCACUGGAAUACUUGGCGUCCAUGUUGAGAGUCAACAAGACACUUGAAACAUUACUGGUUGAUGCAUACUCUGGGAAAAGUUCCUAUGACAUUACUGUGCUGACAAAUUCUAUGGAACAAGAUCUAACAACGCUGGUAUUACGCUAUGCAAAGCCUAGAGAAAAUGGAUUAGGACUCCAUCUUACAGACUUGGAUAAUAUUGCAUCAAGUUUUCAAGUGAGAAACGUUCUUAAAUGCUUAAGUGUUCAAGAAACGGACGGAAAACUCGUACCUUUACAAGAACCUCAGGAAGUCGAUAUUUUGGCAAAACUAGAUGACCGUAAGCUGUAUUUUAUAAUUUUCACCUUCAAGCUAUAGUAACAACACCCGUGGACAUAUACAUGGAGUAAUGCAAUGGAAGAUAAAGGCAGCUAUACGGGUUUAUAUGGUAAUAUAUAUCAGGGUUCUCCAAGAGCACUUAUAGCCUGGCGGCCCGCCAGGCUAUCGUCAAUAUAAUUUUUAUUCUGUGCCAAUCCUUUGCGUUUACUGGUGGUGUCAAGAAUAAAGUCAUUACAAUGUAUAUGAUUGUGUUGAGUGGUAUUAUAGGUUUUGUAAAAACUGCCCAGAUCAGGUUACUUUUGUUAUAUGUGUGAAAGUGAGUUCUGUGAUUUUAAAUGUUAUAUCAUGGUAUGACUAAUGAUUUUAGUAUGACACUAGCUCAAUAAAGAUUUUUACACUAGCUCAAUAACGGUAAUUACGAAUUUGUUUUAAGAAUCGAUCACAAUAUGUGUGCGAUAUUUUUUUACUAGGUAACAAUGUACAUACCCAGAUCUUCUAAGUAACUCGUUAGGUUAAAAUUGUAAAUUACAGAAUUGGUGGCCUUUCUAUACUGGUAGGUGGCCAUUUUGAUUUUACACCAUGUGACGUACAAUGUAUAUCACAGGGCGGAUCCAGAGGGGAGUCGAGGGGGUCCGGACCCCCCCUUUUUACCACAAAAAAAGGAAAAAAGCAUACA